GAAAGAACCAAAGAAAAUGAAUCCUUGCAGUCACGAAAGCUUUAAAUCGAAAAAUAAUCCAUGGCUCGAGUUUCCUGGCUGGCUGCUGGCUGGGCUCCUCUACACCCCAACUCUGUCGUGAGUGGCUGUUGAGGAGCCGUCGCCACGGAGACCAGCUGGGUAACUGGCUAAAGAGGAUUCUCCGUGUAACAAAUGGGCAUUGAAUGCAAUCGAAACAGGGGAAGAAGUUCGGAAGACAUCAAAUAGAUCGCGACAACGAAGAGAUGGAAGUAACGGAUACGGAAGACUGACACGGUUAAUUUAAUUGCCAUAACUUUUCAAUUUGUGCUGCUGUUAAUGUAAUUAUUUUGCCAGAAUGUGUUUUUUAUCCUAGAGAAUAUAAAAAAACCUCAGAAUACAUGUCAUCUUGGUAUUUUAUUUCAUGAAAAAGCAGAUUACUUUUAGUGCUCUGAGUACAGGGAUUUUGAGAAGAGCAUGACAAUGACAGCCGCCUGUUAUUUUAUGUUCCAGAGCAACGAGUUCCCUGCUAGUCUCCUUAAAACAGUUCUCGUAAAAUUUUAAUAAACAACCCUUUCUCAAUUUAAUGCCGGAUGAAGGCGGCCCUCCCCAACGUUGCGCGUCAGCCAUUGGGCUUGUGUGACGAAAACAACGUCGCCGUCAUGGCCAACGCGGAUUGGUGAAUGUGGGGGGGAUCCAGAGCUGAGUUCAGAUAUCACUCGCCACUGAUGUUGGCCGUGGGCUCCUACAAUUUGACCCAGGUCGCCAGGAGUGUAGUGCGGCUCACUGGUGAGCCACCGGUGAGCCACCGGUGAGCCACCGGUGAGCCACCGGUCCGCUGCAGUAAUAAACACCGUGACAUCACGUGACCAGUAACGUCUCUCAAGGUGAGAAGAAAAAAAACACCUCAAAGGGAUUAAAAAAAAAAUUAAUGUCAGUAAUAUAUUCAAUUACUAUUUUUCAUUAUCUUUGAGCCAAAAUGUCCUCUGGGCGUAAUGGGAAUGUAAUAAUUGCGUCCCAACUUUACCUCUUUCCUGCUCUGAUCUCGAUCAAAGCCGCAAACAGUAUCUAAUGUGACAUUAUUAUAUACAUCAUGUGUGUUUGUGUACGUUUUGAUAAUUUUUUCGGAUUAUAAAUUACAUUAAUACUUGCAGAAAGCUAGCAAUUGAGGCGUACACGACCACCUUGCAACCACUGUGGAACAUGUUAACGAUUUUUUCUGUACUAUACCAGUUUGUAAAAAAAAAACUCAACUGUUGGUAUGCUGCUUACCGUGCUCCGCUUUGCAAACCGGCGACCAGAAUACGAUUUCACGGCUGACUUCAGUGGGAAGUUAUAUCAAAACUGAUCUUGCCCGCUCCCCCCCAUAAUAUAGCCCCACUGACCAGCGUGAAGUAUGGUUCAACACAAAUAAAUUCCCCGUGACUGACAUGGUAUGGGGAGGCCUUCAUCUAUUGGUGGAUCGAGAAUCGCUGGAACGUAUUAAUGUUUAAAUGACUAAAACAGCUAAGUUCCUGCGCGUCUUUAAUGAACCCUUAAAAGUUUUGCUAAUGCCGUAAGUGCUGCUUACAACGUAGUUGUCUUGCGACCUGUUAGCCCCGAUUUGUAUAGAUUCCUUGCUAUGUUGUGAUGUUGUGGCUAGAAAGUUGUUACUGUAUGUACACUUACGGAGAUUGGGAGUCUAUGUUUCUUCAAUAGGUAGGGGACCGUGAUGUGUUUGUGCUUCACGAAAGUCAGAAAGGCGUUUGGCACGUAAACAACAAUAAAACGACAACAAAGCUGCUUCAUCAGAAUUGGAACACAGAGGAGUGUGCAGCUUUGUUAAAUCACAGGGAUCUUUAUUCAGCCACAGACUGACAUCUUUGUCACUUUUUGCAGGACGAAGUUGACUGGGAAUUAGCGUCAGAUCCCAAAGCAAAAAAUUGUAUUCUCUGCACACAGGAUAUGCCGCUUCUGUGCUUCUGCGUGGAUUACAAAAUAAGCAAUGAGGUGUAUCGUGCCCAGCCUUUUACCCAAUGCAUUUUUUGACAACUUGAAUCGUUUCCAAAAAUAUUUCUCUCUCAAAGUCCAGCGACGCUCGGGAAGAGGGAGGAAAAAAAAAGGAAAACACUUUUGAAAGGAUUUGAAGUGAUGGACGCAAAAAAAAUGUUUUAUAGUUUGCGGGUUCGAACGGUAACAAUGAAGGCAGUCCGAAAUGAUGGAAGCGGCACCUUUUGAGGGUGAUCUUACAGUUAGAUUGUGUCUCGUGUGCAGGCCCCCAACUCAUUGAGAGAGGGUGGUGAGCAGAGGCGGAGUGAGCAAAUGCGGGAGGGUCGUGGGUUCUCGGCUGGCUUGGACCGCAUGGCGCUGUGACUGAGCACCCGUCCUCAGAGAUGAGCCACAUUUCCGCCUGAAAAUUUAGAUCUGAAAAACCAUGUACAAAGGGUCCCAUCUCAAGUACAGACGAAUAAACAACGCAUAUGUAGGUAACCGCCAUUACAGGAUGAUGAAGCUACGCCUCCCGGUCCUGUUCCUCUCGCUGCUGCUCAGCGUCUUCCUGCUGCUGAGCGUCGAGUACAAGUACAGCUGGACGGGCUCUCUCGUUCGCGUCCUCGACGUGCUCGGCAACUCGUCCAUCUUCAGGCCAAAGCCGGGGUCUGCUUCCGAUAAGAUAAACCACGUGACGCUGUGCGGGCAACGGGGAGCGCUGCAGAACACGUCGAUCAUGCGCGUGCGCGACACCAAGAUAUUCCUGGUGUCGGCGUACCACGACCAGCGCGAGGCCGGUCAGAGCACACGCAUUAUCGGCAUCGCCAACCGGUAUGAGCCGGACGUGCUCUCCUGCCACUUCUGCUGCCGAGGGCACUCGGAGAUUCUCACGGUCACCGCCAGCACCUACAUCCACUCGGACCACUUUGACUUCCCGUACGGCACGGCCGACUUCCUGUGCAUGGAGCCGCUGGACUGCGAGCCGGGACACGUGUCCGUCCAGCGCAUGCGCACAAUACCGGACGAGGAAGAGGCCGAGUGGGUCUUCAUGCCCGUGCGAAAUCGGCUCUACAUGCCCCCCAUCUUCACACAGGAGUUCAGCGUCUGCAUCUCCACGCUCUUCGGGAACUACAGUAACGUCCUGCAGUUCGUGCAGGCGAUCGAAAUGUACCGCAUCUUGGGUGCGGGCCGCGUGACGGUGUACAACACAAGCUGCAGCUCAGAGCUGAACAAAGUGCUCCUCUACUACAUCAAGACCGGCCUCGUCGAGGUCGUUCAGUGGCCCAUCACGGACUACGUGCAGGUGUCCAAAGGGUGGCACUACCCCGAGCACCCGGGCGAGCUGCACUACUAUGGCCAGAUAGCGGCGCUCAACGACUGCGUGUAUCGGCACAUGUACAGCACGCGCUACCUGGUCCUCACGGACAUCGACGAAGUGAUCAUCCCUUUGAAGCACACAAACUGGAAGGACCUCAUCCAGUACUUGAACGACAAGUACGGCGCCGACAUUUACAUGUUCGAAAACCACGUGUUUCCCUACACGGUAUCGGAAGAGUUUGGGUCGAAGUUCCAGGCGUGGAACGCCAUCCCCGGCGUCAACAUCAUGCGCCACAUUAGACGGGAGCCGAACCAGCCGGAGGUCUUCAACCCGACCAAGAUGAUCCUGAACCCGCGCGCGGUGCUGCAGACGUCGGUGCACAGUACGCUCAACGCGCUGGGCAUCUCGGAGACGGUGCCCGGAGACACCGCGAUCAUGCACCACUACCGAUCGCCCGAGCGGCCUGACCUGCCGCUCGACUCGCUGGUCGUGGACCUCACGCUGUGGAGAUACAAUGCCACUCUGAUCAGAAACGUCAACAAGGUCCUCAACAGGGUCUUCUGGAAUGAGUAGGCACAACGGGUGGUGGCGGCGGCGGCGGUGGCGGCGUUGAUUGUCGUCUUGCGUUUUUUUUUGCGGUCUUGCAAUUUAAGUUAAACACUGGUGUUUGUGGGUUUUCAGUUUGCGAAUGUGGUCAAUGUACGGGACAUAUUUAAUUGCUAAUCUUAUGAUUGUGUUUACAGUAAAAAUUUGUUAUCUUCAUUUUUUUUCUGCAUUUUAAUCCACCAGGGCACAAUAGGGUUUGUGCAUCUUAUGGAAGCUAGGGAAGUUAACAGUGGUUGUAGAUUUAUUUGAAACCAAUCCAAAUUAUUUCCAUUGCUUUUGGGAGUACGACUCGACAUGUAUUCAGGUUAAAACAUUUAAAAUGUGGCACAAAUUGAUUUAAAUAAAUGUUCAGUGUGUAUGUGCUACCAGUCUCUAAUGAGCAUAUUGUUUUCAUGACUCGUGUCCACGGAGGAUAGUCAAAUCCCAAAGGAUGGUGUCAGGAUUUUAAAAGUAAAUUCUGUGGUAAUAAAAAAAAUGUAAAUACGAUUUUAAACUUUGAAAUUGAGGGAUCAUUUGAAUGACAGGUGUGUUUUGGGCCAAAUGAGCUAGUAAAGACUCACAUUAAACAUUACAAUAGAUCCAGUAGGAAUAUAUAUUUAUACAUCCAAAUGUAUAUAGUUGUAUAUUUGAAUAUGUAACAACACCAGCUGUUGAUACAUCCAGCUCAUUUUAAAUUAUAAAGCCGUGUUAAUGUAUUCCUAUACAAUGCAUGGAGUUGACAUUUCUGAAUUGUUGCAUUAGUUAGUUUCACAAUGGAUUAUUCAGCAGAAAUCAUCAUUGUCACGUAUUAUCAAUCUUGCAAAGCAGUUUUAAACAUAUACAGCAAAUUGCUAUUACUAGAAUUAAUAUAUUAAUGUCGGAGAAGUUUUUUUUUGCUCUCAAUCUGAUUAAGGCCGUGUGUCACCAUCACAGUUUUAUCACUACUGAAACACAUUUCAUUAUAUUCUUGGUUCUUUCGGUAAAGUCACGUAGAAGGGAAACAAUAAAAUGAUAAAAAUAUAAAACAAUACAAUUCUCACGACGUUUCGACUGCAACACAAGCAAUCAUCAUCAGGUGUGAAA